AAUUAAAUCAAUUUCUUUCAUAAGUUGAUAAAAAAAAACAUAUAUUUCUAUUCACUAAAAUAUAUCUUUUCCAAAGUUAAAAGUAUCUUUAUCUAACUAAUAAUCAAGCGCAAUCUAAACAAUCAUCAUCGCAUGUAUCCUAACAAUUUCACGGUAAUUUCGUCGAUUGUAAAAUGCACUAGCUACUAUAAUGUUUGUCAUCCGCUAUUGUUUACGAAAGAAUCGAGAUAAUGAGACGAAUAUUCAAUACCUGAGAACGUUCUCGAAAGAUGUAUAUGUGUAUAUCUCAUUAAUCUGAUGAGAUGAUUAAAUUAUUAACUUAAUUAAUAAAUGCGAUGGUCGAUCGAAAACGCAUUUGAAGCGAAUCGACUAUUCGAGGAGUCGAACGAAACAACAGGAACUCGAUUACAUAAAGAUUUGAACCUUCUACCACCAAUUCUUAUUCCGUUGAAAACUCAUGUCGUUAAUUUUUUCCUCUUCCUUGGUAUAAUAGGCUCUAUAAGGUGAUUUUAUCACACCGGUCCAGGAAAUCGAAUAGCGACACCGUUUGCUCGAACUUUCUCCGAGUGGAGAACAAGUGACAUAAUCGACAUACUUAAGAAAGUGUGGUCAAGCAAAUAUCUAAACUUAGAUUAUUGAACAGUGAUAUAAUCGUUAUCUAUUGUAAUAUAAUAUUUGAUAAGUAUAAAACAUACUGGAUCCAAUGACUGUAAAUGAGCUUAGGUUACACGCGGAACCAUUUCAUUUUUCUGAAUCGAUUGAUUUAGAAUAUUUUUAUUAUAAUAACUUUCGUUCGAAUAGUUUCAUUACUUACUGUAAGUUGAUUUAUUUUAUUUUGCGAAACAGGAAUUUUGUAUAUAAGAAAUAGUUUUAUUUUUAUUUGCUCUAUAGAAAUCAAUUGAGUUGGUCUGUAUUUUUUAAUUAAUUGGUUUUCUAUGUUACAUGAUAGAUAGUAAAUAAUAUAUAAUAAAACAGAAAAGGUGAAAAAGAACUUGGUUCAAAAGAAAUUGAUUUCUAUCGUUUUCAAUCUUCAAAGAAAGAUAAUAUUAAGAUAAUAUCAUAUGAUUCAGUGCAUAUGCAAAAUAUCAUAAAUCAUUUUGUUAGAAGAAUUAGCUAGUUUAGUUAAAUAAUUUUAAGAAUAUUUUCCAAUAUGCAUUAAAUGCAGAUACACAAAUCGACGAGCAUUAACUAUACGUGUAAAGGAUAAAUGAUGAGUUUGAUGAUUUGGUGUAAAUGAAAAUAUAAUUUUAGACACCUAAAUUUUUAGAAUUUUAAAAUUAUAAAAUUUGAGGAUUUUAGAACUUUUAGAAUUUUAGAAUUUAAAAUUUUUACCUGUAUAUAUCCUCAAAUCCAUUAUAUCUCCUCUUCCUUUCUUCCUCUUAUUCUUUCAAGCUCAAAAAUAUUAUAUUUUCUUUUAUCAAAAGAAUUCAGCUCAUAUUUAUUUAUUUAUAAUUAUCUCGUGUCCGCAUCAAAUUUAUUGCAACUCAUCCUAUUUAUCAUCCGAUUUCUGUGCAAUACUUCCUUUCCCAUUACGACGUAUCGCUUCAGUUGUCUCAAAUCAACGAGCGGUUCUGUGCAAUUGAGGUGAAACUCGACAUUUCUUUCCGAUGUUAUGCAAAAAUCUAUCCCCGCCAGCUAACGUUUCGUUUAACGACUCUUAGCUUCGACACUGGUCGUCCAGUUCUCGCGGGCUCUCGUGAUACAAAAGUACUCUUCUUUAACUUUAGUCUUUUCAUCACACGAUGAAACACGUCUUCCUAUUUUAUAUGUUCCUCCUCGUUGAAAUUUAAUUCCAAAUCCAAUAAUAAUUUAAUUGCGAAUCAUAUCAAAUUUUGAUCAUAUUCAAAAGAAACCGAUAUUAGAAUUAAAAGAAGAAUUUGCCAAUAAGAUCGAGAAGGGUCUCAACGUAAUAUGUAAGGUUCGUUUCAAAGAAACUAUUGAAAAUGUCACGGUAUCCAACUUCGCUACCUCGUUAUCAUUCGAUGCAUAAAGUGUAACUUCCUAGCAGAAAGUGGCCAAGGAGGCAUCGACAAUGAAGCUUAGCAUGUUUCACGUUCUAUGCUACCUGUGCGUGUUGACCGCACUCGUUUUGUCGGCGAAGAGUGACUGGAAAAAUCAGCCUGUUUCGAACCCAUCAUCAAGCAUCCAAGAAACGAGGGAGAAGAAACCUUUAGAUGCAAGUAAUCCGCGGGACAAACGAGCAUUAGGUCUGAUUCUUUCAGGCCUGGCCCAGGUUUUUGGUUAUACGGUAAACCCUGUUCAAAUAGCUUCGUUGCCCAAUCCGGCUACCGAGUCGGACGAGACAAGGGGAGGUACUCAGUCAUCCGGUACUCAAGCGAAUUCCACUCAAUCGAAUGGGUCAUCAUCAACUACCGCAGCUCCCAGACAACGAGAAACUAUCAGAUUCACCGGUGUAGUGAACUUCGGGAAUGGAACUGGCGUGCUGACCCAAUUACAACAGUACGAGACAUUGUUCCACGGAGGAAAUAAUAAUUCGACAUCUGCAACAACGUCGGCAACAUCAUCGGCAACACAGUCACCCCAGGUAGAUCCAAGAAUUCCUCUGGUAGUCAAAAUUCCUCUACCGGUUGUCCCACAGCCAGAUUUGCAGCCUGUACCUCAACCACCUCUGCCUGAGAUCCCUCCUCAAGAUAUUAUGCUGUCGUAUCCUGCGCCAAUCGUCCCUGUUCGCAAGGAACAACAGACGAGAAGGAAAAAUUUGACAGAGAAAGUAACCGUGCAAAAUCAAACGAUUCAAAAUGGAAUGGAUGUUCGAUCGCAGCCUCCUUCGACUACUGUCGUAGUUCAGACGGAAAAUCCACGAUGGAAGAAGGAGUAUGAGGAUAGAUUAGCGGAAUUAGAACGUAAGCAAGAGGAACAGGCUAAAAAAUUGAGGGAACAAGAAUGGUAUAGAAAUCGACAGAAAGAGGAUAAUUAUAAUUAUAAAGAGAAAGGAAAAGAAUAUGAUGAACGAGGAAAGCAAAUAGGAGGACAACAUUCUGAAUGUAGAAGAGAAGAGGAAGAAAGUGAUAAGGGAAAGCAGUCGGAAGAGGAGGAAGAUGAUCAAUCAAGAGAGAAUGAAGAGAAGAUUCGUGAAUAUUCCACGAGUGAAAAAACAAAGAAGCCUGAAGAAAGCGAAGAGGAAGAGGAAGAAGGAUACCAAAAUUAUGAAAAUGAUGAUGUUUAUAAAAAAGAUAUGCCUCAAUUAAAUGAAAAUUAUACUAGCAUACAAUACAAUGAACCAUUGCCGUUGAGUGAAGAUGACGAGCAAAGACGACCCGAAGAUUUGCGUAAUAGUUACGGAGAGCCUUUGUACAAUCGUGAAUUGUUUGAUGAUGGGUUCGUGAAUUUUUUUGGAAAUCAGCCAUUGAGAGAUAUUUAUAACUCUCCAUUUCCAAAUUCAAAAGAGAAAAUCUCGGAAGAGGAGGAAGAUCCGCGUGAAAAUCGGAAACAUGAAGACAGAAGUGAUGAAAGAGAAGAGGAGAAUAUUCCAGCAAGAAAUAAAUAUGAAGAGUAUAGUCUAGAGGAAGAUACGAAUACCAAGAGGAAGGAUGAAAACGAUUUUGAACCAUCGAAAAAAUAUUUUACUAAUGUUGAAACGAAUAACAAAAAUCAAUUCGAAGAACGAGGAACGAUCGAAGAAAUGGAAUUUGGUAAAUAUAUGCCUUUAAUUGUUCCUGUUCGAUAUUUAACUGCUCCUGAAGAAUUGAGAAAAGCGAAAGAGAAAUCGUCAUCGAUGGAAAAAUCAAAAAAAGAUAAUAAUGUAUUGGAGACAGGAAUAACGAAGAAGAUUUCAAAAUGGCGAUCAAAAAAGGAGAAUUUAAAACCAAUAAUAAGUCUUCCGGAAAAGCCGAAACAGCUUCACGAAGGCGAACAAAAGGAUCUACAAAUAUGGCCACCACCAUUCGAUUUUGUUCUAGAUAGUACGAUUCAUACCAAUGUUGUUCAAGCAAAAUUUAACCAUAAUGAUAGUACAGAAAUUCCUAAUAUUCGUCAAAAACCUGAAUCUUUUAGUAAAAAGAAGGAAGAAAGACAAGAAAGAAACAGAAUUCUUAGUAAUUCGACUCAAAAAUCUUAUGACUCUCCCGAAGAUAUUUAUUAUCAAAGAUUUAAGAAUGAUCAUAAACAUAAAAUUGUUUCUGAGAAACAAUUGAAUAAACCAAUAAAUAUUGAGAGAUCGAAUCGUACACAUUUUAAAACUGAAGUAAAAGAAGUAAAGAAAUUUGAACAAAAUGACGAUGGAAAAGAAUCACCACAAUUUCACGAACAUUAUAAAUAUAUUUCCAACAAUAAUUAUAAAAAUACAGAACGACCAAAUAUCGAUAUACAACAUUCUUCGAAACAGCAAAUUCCAAAUUCAUUGCCUUUUCAAAAUUUUGAAUCUUUGAAGCAUAAUAUUGAAAAAAAUGAGCCUUUUGUAGAGGAUAAAAACAGAAUAAAUAAUAAAAAUCAAAUAAUGCAAGAUGUUCAACAAAAAUUUGAUCCACCAAUUAUUUUUGACCCUAGAGAGAAUUAUAGUUUCUUUGAUUUUAAUGAAAAUAUACAUGGUUUUAAUCAUGGAAGAGAAAACGAUAGAUUGUCCGAAGUUUUUGAAAGUAACAAAAGAAUUGAGAAUAAAAGAGCAAUUGGUUUGACUAUACCGCAACAGGACGUGUAUUAUUAUGACGAAAGUUUGACGAAAUUUUCCAAUGAACCGGAAAGCAAAAGCGUGAAAGUCAGAGAGAAUAAUUAUUCGAAUGGUGCUAUGAAAAUGCACCAAGAACAAAUUGGUCCCAGCGAAUCGAUAAGUUAUAUCAAUUAUCCUAGUAUUUUAUAAUAAUUUGAUAUUUUUAAAUUUAUGCAAUAUGUUUAUUUGUAAUUAAAAUCAAUAUCAA